CUAAAAACAAGUAAUAUUGUAUUACAGUUUGACUAUAAGGUGAUGUUUAAAACAACGAAUAAAAAGGAGAACAGUUUUAAAGAGUCGCGCAUGAUGAAUCUGUAUAUAUAAGCAGAAAAUAGCGGUAUCCUCAUCCCUGAUUGUUGUUUUACAAUGAGGCUUGUGGAGCCACAUUCGCACUCGGUCGCACAGCGCGAGAGGUAGUUGAUAGUAUAACGUCAUUUGAACAGUGGCUAUCGUACGUGUUGUGCGAUCCCCAAACAAAAUACAUCGUGUAUGAAUUUGUCAGAUGGGUUGUGUGAGAGGAAAGACACGAAGACUUAAUGUGGACCCUACCGCAAGAUGGUUAGAGAGACUAGACACCUCUGGAUUGGAAAUAUACCGGAUAAUAUUCGUGAGGAAAGGAUAUUGGAUCAUUUUAAACGGUAUGGCAAGGUUCAGAGUGUGAAGAUUUUACCAAAAAAAGAUGAAAACACAUCCACAGUGGCCGCAACUGUAGCAUUCAUAGACAUUCGAUCUGCUGCCAAAGCGCACAAUGCAGAUAAUAAAAUAGACGAAAGGACGUUAAAAACUGAUUAUUAUGAACCCCCAGUGUCUAGUGCGGCCAGUUCUGCUACUUGUAUUUACAUCCACGAGAAAGACGACGCUUUAGGACGUUCUAUUGCACCUUUGUACCCUGCGGCGAGGGCGCCAAGAUACCCACACUGUGUACCAGAAGAUAGGUCCUACGAACGGCCCCCUCUCUACUACGACCGCCUUGGCGAGAGGGACCCUUAUUUGAGGCGUUCCGUUGGAAUUGGUUACCAUGACGACGAAAGUUACCAGGCUAGAGGAAGAUCACGAGAUAGAUUUUUACGCACAGCACCAGGAAGUGUAUAUCCGGACGGAACAGAGCGGAACCAGGGGCAUUUUCCUCGUAGUCACACACAACGACAGCAUUUUGAACAGCAGCGUUAUCCUUCACCACUUGACCAAUACACUGACGAACAAGCAGCGGUGUCUUCUGGACCAGGGAGGCUACUACGAAGAUCAACAAUAGCAUCUUCAUCUGUCAGCUCAACUGUUGAUUCUCCACCACCCUCACAGAGUGGGAAGCGGCGAAGGCCGUCAAGACAGUCGCCCCAUUCUCAUUCAGGCUCCAGAUCAAACUCUCAAACUCGAUCACGGUCAAGCUCUCAUAGUAGUAGCGGUAGUCGGUCUUCUAGCUCAUCAUCAAAACUUCGAAGCAGUUCUACCAACAGCAGUAGUAGGUCACCAUCACCGUCCAAGUCUCAGUCACCAGCGACUUCUUUUGAGAGCCACGAAAGUGGAAAAACAGGACGAUCUGAUCGGCCUAGUAGCACAGUAUCAACAUCAUUUUUGCAAUCUGUUGGAACAAAUCUAAAUGUUGGCAGUUUAUCUGUAGGAAAUCAGUCACAGAAUUGUUUGAUAAACCCUGUAAAAAACCACAGUGAACGCGAGGAACGAAGGGUAUUGAGCAUCUGUGUGCGUAAUUUACCAGUACGGUCAACAGAUACAAGCUUGAAGGAUGGAUUAUUUCAUGAAUACAAGAAGCAUGGAAAAGUCACCAUGGUAAAAGUAAUUGGUCAGGGACCUGACAGAUAUGCCGUAGUUUGCUUCAAAAAACCAUCUGAUGUAGAGAAGGCUUUAGAGGUUUCCAAAGAGAAGUUGUUUUUUGGCUGCAAAAUUGAAGUCACGGCACAUGAAGGGCUGGAUGGUGAAGAUAACGAGUUUCGUCCUCUUGAGGCUGACUUAGAUGAAUUUCACCCCAAAGCAACAAGAACAUUAUUCAUUGGCAAUCUAGAAAAAGAUAUUACUCAUUCAGAACUCAGAAAACAUUUUGAACAGUUCGGGGACAUCAUUGAAAUUGAUAUAAAAAAACAAGGAGCAACCAGUACAUCCUUGUACGCUUUUAUUCAGUUCUCGGAUAUUACUAGUGUUGUGAAAGCAAUACGGAAACUAGAUGGUGAAAACCUCUAUGGGACUAACAGGAUAAAACUAGGGUUUGGUAAGAGCAUGCCUACAUGCUGUGUGUGGAUAGAUGGUGUUGUGGACUCUGUGCCAGAGAAGUUCCUCAGGCGUCGUUUUGGACCAGUCAGAGAUGUUGUGAUAGAUAGGGAAAAGGGCCAAGCCCUAGUGUUUUAUGAUUCAGUAGACAUUGCCCAAAAUGUGGUCACAGAAAUGAGAGGAAGAAUGUUUGGAAGCAAAAAGCUGCAGGUUGAUUUUGCUAGUUGUGAAUGCCAGACUGCAUUCUGUGACAAACUUACAUCACCAGGAUUGAACAGUUUACCAGAUGAUCGACCAUGGGAGCGAAGAGAGAGGGGUGGAAGAAUAGGAUAUGUUAGUAGACCUUAUGGUCACUAUGAUGGUCAACAACGUUCUGGUAGGGAAAAUAUCAGAGCUAUGCCCCGUGGGGGUUAUAACAGUCGUAGUCGAGGCCAGCCAUUCAGUGGGAGGUAUGAGACCUACCAUGAUGAUGUUUUGGAGAGGAGGCAUUGGAACUUCACAGAGGAUUAUAAUCAAGGUAGUUUGGAAGAUUCAUAUGAACAAGAACUCAGAGAGUAUGGUUACAGUCAGCGAGAACGGAGAGAGUUUGGAAGUGAUGAGCGCUGCAACGUUAGAGAGAGAAGCUAUAGUCCUUUACGAAGACAAGAUACUAACAGUAUUAGUCCAUCAAGAGAGAGAAACAGGGAUGAUCGGAGUACCAGUCCCUUGGCUAGAAGUGAACGAUCAUCAACCAGGGGAAGUUCGAGGACAGCAGAUGGCCACCUUUCCAAAUAUGGUGGAAGAGAGGAAGGUUCAGAAGAUGGAGUAAAUAAUGAUGAAAAAGAUUGUAACAAGCCAUUGGAAGCUGAUGUUAAAUUUGAACGAAAAAGAAGUAAGCAGUGGAACAAUACCAGUGAUUUGGAGAACCAACAGAGUCAGUCUCCUACACAUUCCAUACAUCACAGUAGUAGUAGAAGUCCUCCUCCCAAAGAAAGGAAAUGUUCAAAAACAUGGGAAAAGUUAAAUAACCAUUUAAAGGGUCUUAGCAGUGACACUCUGAAUAGUCCCAGUCGAGAUGAUUUUUUUAAUGAGGAAGUGGUGAAUUCUGUUAAUAAAGAAACCUCUAGUGAGAAAAGAAACAACAAAAUGGACAAAAACAAAAAUGAUCUCAAAGACUCUUUUGUGACAUCCUCCUCACUACUAACAUCAACCACAGCAGCCUCUUAUGACUCUGUGGAUAGUUUCAAGACUGAAACUGGACAUCAUAAAAAAAGAGUACACAAUGAAUGUGUGGAAGAAAACUCUGUAAAUGAUCUCAUAGGCCAGACAGAAAGAAAGCAUAAACUACUUAGUGUGAGCCAUCUACCUUUGAGUAGAGAUGUGUCUUCUUCUAAAAUUCAGUCUAAAGAAGAUGCUGAAAGUAAAGUAGUAAGUAUAAAAAAUACUAAUUCUUCCACAAGGUGUAAAACACCAGAAGCAGUUGCUUCGUGUAAUGAAAGAAGUGAUUCAGUUGAAUGUUUAGAAUCUGUUAGCAUACCUGCAAAUGUAAGCAACAUAGAAAAACAUUGUAAUUCUGAGAUUACAAAUCUGAAAGACUUACAGCAAGAACAUGUGAAUAUAUUGCAGCUUCUGGAACAACUCCAAGAUAAAGAAAGGUCCAGUGACAUUGAUUGUUCCACAGCCAAUGGACAACAAUCCAAAAUAAGGAAGUCGCAAACCAACAUGGAAGCAAAUGUCUCGGGUACUAUGGAAUACACCAAAAUAAGUACCAAAGACUCCCUAAGUGUUGCAUUAGUGCAGAAAGGUGGUGGCAAUGAUGACAAGUCAGUUUUGUGUACAACACCAGAGAUAAGUCAUACAAAAGUCAAUGAGAGUAAUGGGGCAUCCGAAGCUACUAAGUUGGUAGCUUCACAACGACCUGUAGAUCCUCGUAGGUGUGUUGAGCAUCACAGUGUUUCAUCUACCUCUUCUCUUAAUGCUCUUCAUAGUCUUAGAAGACCAUCAUUGCAUCAUGUGGAUCAUUCUUUAGACAUGGCCACUAAGAAAUGUCAUGAACUACUUACUACAAAUUUUGCUGCUGUUGAAGGAGAGGUUGGUUCUACUGUUGACUCUUCAACCAGCACUCCUUUCAAGUAUCAGUCAAAACUAAAGGAAGAUGAAGUUUCAUCUUCUAGUGACAGCACCACAGUUUGCCAUUCAUCAUCAGGGAUGAUUGACUUAAUCAAAACGUUUUCAUCUAGACUGCAGUCAGUGUCUGAUAACACAACUCUUUCGGCACAUGAAACUAAGAAAGAAAUGAUCCCAUUGUCACUUCCUUUGCCCAAGUUUGCUGCUUCCUUACGAUCCCCUAAAACAUCACCAAAUUCAUUAACUUCCCCAAAAGCCCCAGUAUGUAGUCCCAAAAGUGGGCAGUCUCCAUCAUCAGCAUUAGGAUGUAAAGUUUUUACUCCUCGUAUUCUUCGAGAUACAGCCAAGCCAGAGCAUCUUGAUAGUCCAGAUCCUGUACGAGAAAAUGAGGACAGGUUAAAGAUUGAGGGAAUAAAUACCAUUCUUACCAUUCCUAGACCAGCUGUAAGUAGUACAGAUAGUUGUAUUGUGGAAACUGUGACACCUAUUUUGCAUCUCAAGAUCGAAAAAAGUACAGAGAAUAUUUCAGACUCUGAGUGUUCUCCUAUCUCUUCUCCAAGCUGCCUUGAAAAACGAAUUAAAGCCCUCGAUGAGAAGUUCACAGCAUGGUCAGCUUCAACUACCAACACUGAAACACCAGCAGAAACUUCUGUAACACCAGUUAUAGACUAUCAAAAGUAUAACAUUAAAAAGAGACCCAAGUUUGAUUACAUGGCCCCUAAACCAUCAGAAAUAAUGAAGACUCUUCUUGCAAAGUCCAGUAUUUUUGACCAGGAUUCAAAACGACUGGAGCACAUCAAUGAAAAAUAUGAACCAAAAGAAAUAAAAUUUGACGACUCUCCAAAAAUAAAGCCUUUCUUUAGAACAAAAGCUGCAGCAAAAGAAUUCUCAAGUCCAAUCCAGCCAUUAAACAAUCUUUCCAAUGCAAUUGGACAAAGUUCCCUGGGUGUGAAUAAGCUACCUGUAACUAGCAGUGUUGUCACCACCAAUACACUUUCACCUUCUCUAACACCACCCACUGUGAGUAGUACAGCAACAACUACAACCACAUCAGUUAGUCACAUUGUAGUAUUUAAUCGUGAAACCCAACCAUCUUCGUGUCAUUUCAUGCCUUUUUCACAGUUAACACCAGAGUCAGCCAAGACAACCCUACCAUCAGUUCUCACAAAUGUUUCUGAAAAUGAACUGCCACAAACUAAAUUUAGUAAAGACUGCUCCACUGCUUCAGUUUUCCAGGAAAACACUUCAGACCCCACUAGCAACCUAACUAUAAAGAAAGAGCAAUCACUCAGUCCUCCUGCUUGCUCCAGCAUAUCAACAAGUAGAGAAAGCCCACUAUCACAUGUAGUGAAUCACAUCACUUCUGUAACAGCAGUUGUCACACAAAGAGACUUUCUUCUGAACUGUAUUAAAAAUGAACCAACAGAACUAAGGAAUUUUACAUUUGAAAAUAAUGAAAGUUCAGUAAACGAUAUUCCAUCAAAGCAAGACAUCAUGUUAGGAUGUAAGAACAGUGACUAUAAUAUACUGAAGGAAGAUAUCAAGAAAGAAUCUUCUCCAUCAAAAGAAGCCCAAACUUUUAAUAAAGAAUAUCUACCAUCAAAACAAAAGGAGCAUCAUUUUAAUCAAAAAGAUUUGUGUAGUAUCACUGAAAAUGUAAAAAAGGAACCAGUGCAAAAUAGUUUUGAUAAUGAAAUAAGCCAAACAGAACAAAUAGGUGGAAAUAUCAAGAAAAUCUCUUCUUGGAAAUCAGAUUCAAAACAGUUUUUUAAAUUCAUUUCAGAGACCAAAGCUGAGUGUAACGAGACACAAGAUCAUCAAUCUGAAACAAAAGACAAAGUCAGCGAACCUGAACCAAAGAGACCAAAAAUUCAACAUAUAUCUUGUACUAAAGACAUUGAUAAAAGUUAUGAUAAAUCUUCCUCACCAUAUACUAUGUCAUGCAAAAUAGAAAAAAAGAACAAAUGCUCUAAAUCUCUAGAAAAAAACAAAUCAUCAUCUCCUAAAGUAGAACCUCAAACAUCUGCUCCUGAGAAAGAGGAACUUAAAAGAAAAUAUGAUACUGGGAGAGUGAAAGAUGAUCAAAAACACAAGAUGAAGGGCAGCAGAGAAAUUUCAAAAUCUGGAGGCAAGGUUAGAGCGAACUCUGAUGUUAAAGGUUCUGAAAGAAGUCAUGGCAUAAACUUUGAAGUAGUAGACACCAAUAAAAAAAGAGAGCAUGUUGAUAAAAUUAAAACAAAAGCAAACAGAAAGUCAUCCAGUCGUGAAAAAAAGCAAUCGGGUUCUAAAUCAGAAAAAUUAAAGGCUCAGACAGAAGAAGCACCUAUUUAUUUUUCUAUGUAUGACAAAGUUAAAGCUCGUUCCAGUCAGAAUCAGAGUUUGAAAGAUCAAGCAGUUUCAGAUACAUUGAAGAAAAAAUUUGGUCAGCUGAAGAGGAGUCGUGCUAAAAAAGAUGAUAAAAUUAAGUCUGUAGAUAUGGACAGUGACUCUGAUGGUCAUAGUGUAAUUUCUUCUGAUCUAGAAAUUAAAUCCAAGGUAUCUAGAAAAGGAAAGCAAAGUAAGAAAAGAAAACUUUUUAUUGAAACCUCCUCUGAUGAUGCUUAUUCUCAGAGUGCAUUUCAUUUUGAAACCAGCAGAGAUACAAAAUUUGCAGGAAAUAGUAGUGAUCUGUUUUCAGAUUCAGAUGAAGGAAUGUAUAAAGAUAUUAGCUCUUCAAAAAUUACACCAGUUUCUAUGGCAUUAAAGAGAAAGAAGAUAAAGAAAGACAUUUCCAAUAUAGAAACAUCAAGUUUCCAAAAUGAACAAUCCCUAAGUCAUUCCUUUAUGAAAGAUAAAAAAAACAAACUUAAAUCAAAACAAACUCUUACAAAGUCUUUAAAAUCUAAAAUUGCUAAAUCUGAAUUCGAAACUUCAGAUGAUGAUAGGAUAAUGAAGCCAAAGUCUAAAAACAGAGAUUGCAAAAAGAAAAAAAAUAAAAAGGAUAAAAUUACUGAAAUUAAGUCAGAGUCAGAAUUUUCAGACAGUCCAUUUUCAUAUUUUAUGGCAAAAGAAAGAACAAAAUACAAAGAAGUUGUAAGUACGUUUAAAGAAUCAAAACUUGACUUGGAAAACUCGGACAAAGAGGUAUUCUUUACUGAUUCCAAAGAGAAAAAUAAAACAAAAAGUAAUACAAAAGAACCAGAUUUGCAUUCUGAUUCAGACUUCUCUAUUAGUGAUAUAUCUCAUUUUCUACAAAAGGUUAAUACAAAAGAAAAAAGUAAGAAACAGUGUCAUGAGAUAAAAUCUGAUUCAGAUUUUUCGGACACUUUUACAGGAUUUCCUGCUCAAAAGCACACAGAAAAAAAUAAAGGAAAGCCUAAAAAUGAAGGUAUUUGUGAAAAAGAACCUCCAUCUUUUACUGAUGUGGAACGAAAGUUGGAUCCAAAAGUAGUAAAGAAAGAAGAGAGUAAUUCUAAGAAUAUCAGUAAACUUGCAAAUGAUGGUCUAGACACCAAACAGAAGAUUUCAUCAAAAAAGAAGAAGAAGUCUCGAAAAUCAUUUAAAGCUAAAGAGAAGAAAGUCAGUUUAGUAAAAGAAGCUUGGGAGGAAACUAAAAAUUUAGAUGAUAAUCUGAAAGAAAGUAUUUUCACUUUUUCCAAACCUGAUGGUGUAGAAAAAAAUGGAGAUACCCUAAAUGAAUGUGCAGAGCUUCCACCUCGAUUAAGACCACGAAUCUUUUCAGACGGUGAAAUCAAAUCAGAUUAUAAUACUCAGGGUCAAUUACCUAAUAUUUUGAUAGAACAAAACAAUUUGAAAUCAAAUGAAAAAGGAACCAAAAAUAUCUCUAGAGAUAAAAAUAACUGUUCUUCAAUAACACUGGAUUUGAAAGAUAAAACACUCGAGGAAGAAGACCUUGGACCACCUCCUCUGCUUGAAAAUGUUGAUUUUGAGCACAGAGAGAUUGGAAAUGAAUACAAAAUUGCUGAAGGAAGCUCAAAAGUUGUAGUCCAAACAAAUAAAUCUUUCAAAGACAAGGCUGUAGCUGAGUUGGAUGUUUCCAUUACAUCAAACACAAAUGAAGGUAGUGUGAAAAAGAAAAAACAUUCCAAAACAAAGACAUCUGGUGAAGAAAGACAUGCUUCAUCAAAAGAUGAAAAACACAAGAAAAAAAAUAAGAAGCAGACUAAAGAGAGGAAAAAGAAACUAAAUAAGGAUGCAUGUAAAGAACAAGACUGCAAUCGAGCACAAACAACUAUAACUGAUAAAAAAAAAUUAUCCCAAGUAGAAAACUUACAGUUAUUAGAUGAAGACAGUAGGUUAUCAGAAGAUGUGAAAAUAGAUGAGGAAAUUGUAGAGGAAGCUAGAAAAUUAGAAAAAGUAUUGCUUGCAGAUUCACCUACUGACUCAGAGGAAACAUACUGUUUUGGAGAAAGUGAUGGGCAUUAUAGGCAAGAUGAUAAACAUGAAGAACGAAAAUUUGAAGAAGAAGCUGCCAAAGAAACCCAGAGAUUAGAACAAGAACUGUUCUCUGAGUCAUGGCACAUGAAAGUUAAUAAACCAUUUUCAGAUGAAUGUCUUCAUCCUGAAAGCAUGGGUGAUAAUUCUGUCAGUGGUUCUAAAGUAUCUAAUGCUAAAACUCUAAAAGAUCAAGAUUUUUAUACUGAUAUAGAAAUUAAUCCUUCUUCCUCGAGAUAUCCAGAAACUUCAUCUUUUCUUUUGCAAUGUCAAGAACAGGCUGAUUUCAAACUUGUAAAGAUUGGUGUUUCAGAGGAACUGGACAAGCAACAAAAAAUAGAAGAUGACCUUGCAGUUUCUGCUCUCUUGCAAGCUAUGAAUGAAGAUGAGCUUCCAGCUCCCGAACAUCAGAAGGAAACGGAUUUCUUAGACUCUCUCCUUCAGCCUCACCCUGAAGAACAUACCUUCGGUUACCUUUUCCAAAACUCCAGUUCAAGUGUGCCUGUUCCAAAUUCAGAACCCAAAUUAAAAAACCCAGAAACAAAGGAUGAUAAUGACUCUCAUCUUUUUGCACGACAAAUUACUCCUGUUUUACAAGAACUGGCAUCCUUAAAUGAUUCAGAUUUGUGCAUCACUAACAAAAUUUGUGAGGAAAAGCCUUCAAUAAUAGACAUUGAGGGGAAAAUUAAACCAAAACCUAAAAUUACACCAGAAAACGAAAGCACUGAGAAAAACAAGUUAGUUAUAGAAUGUAAUAACGCUCAAACAGAAAAUAAUGAUGAUGAGCUUUUAUUGAAUGAGAAUUCUCUCUUAGCAGAAAGCAGCUCUGAAUUAGUUAGUAUAAAAGUUCCUGAAGUGUCUGCUGAAUCUUUAUGUGUAAAUUUUGAAUACUCCUUUCAAAAUUAUGAAUCGAAUAACAGAGACUCUAAGAUCAACCUGCAGUCAUCUAUUCCACAAGUUCAAGAAACAAAAUCACAUUUUGAAGACACUGAUAAAUUUAAAGUUAUAGAAACAUUGAAAACUUGUAAUGAAGAACCUGUGCCUCCAGAAUCAAGUAACAGAGACUCUGAAGUCAACUUACAGUCAUCUAUUCCACAUGUUAAAGAAACAAAGCUACAUGUUAAAGUUACAGAAACAUUAAACAUUUCAAAUCAAGAACAUAUGCAUCCAGAAUCAAGUAACAGAGACUCUGAAGUCAACCUACAGUCAUCUAUUCCACAUGCUAAAGAAACAAAGCUACAUGUUAAAGUUACAGAAACAUUAAACAUUUCAAAUCAAGAACAUAUACAUCCAGAAUCAAGUAACAGAGACUCUGAAGUCAACCUACAGUCAUCUAUUCCACAAAUUAAAGAAACAAAGUCGCAUGCUGAAGACACUGAUAAGUUUGAAGUUAUAGAAACAUCAAAAAUUUCAAAUCAAGAGCCUGUUGAUCCAGAAUCAAGCAACAGAGGCUCUGUAAUCAACUUGAAGUCAUCUGUUCCACAAAUUAAAGAAACAAAGCCACAAGUUAAAGAUACUGAUAAGUUUGAAAUUAUAGAAACAUCAAAAAUUUCAAAUCAAGAGCCUGUUGAUCCAGAAUCAAGCAACAGAGGCUCUGUAAUCAACUUGAAGUCAUGUAUUCCACAAAUUAAAGAAACAAAGCCACAAGUUGAAGAUACUGAUAAGUUUGAAGUUAUAGAAACAUCAAAAAUUUCAAAUCAAGAGCCUGUUGAUCCAGAAUCAAGCAACAGAGAUGCUGGAGUCAAUUUAAAGUCAUUUAUUUCACAAAUUAAAGAAACAAAGCCACAAGUUGAAGAUACUGAUACUCCUGAAGUUUUAGAAAUAUCCAAAAUUUCUAAUCAAGAACCUGUUCAUUCAGAAUCAAAUAGCAGAGACUCUGAAAUCAACCUACAAUCAUCUAUUCCACAAGUUAAAGAAACAAAGCCACAAGUUGAAGAUACUGAUAUGUCUGAAGUUGUAGAAACAUCCAGAAUUUCUAAUCAAGAAUCUAAGCAUCCAGAAUCAAAUAACAGAGAGACUGAAAUCAAUCUACUGUCAUCUAUUCCACAAGCUAACGAAAUAAAGUCACGCAUUCGAGACCCUUGUAAGUCUAAAGUUAUAGAAACAUCCAGAAUUUCUAAUCAAGAAUCCAUGCAUCCAGAAUUAGAUAGCAGAGACUCUAAAAUCGAUCUUCAACCAUCUUUUCCACAAGCUAAAGAAACAAAGUCACAUGUUCAAGACUCUGAUAAGUCUGAAUUUAUAGGAACAUCCAGUAUUUCUAAUCAAGAACAUACGCAUCCAGGACCAUGGCAAUCGUUUGAAUUACUUAAUGUGGAUACUCACAAGUCAUCUUUAUUUUCAGAAGCAGAAAAUGCUUCAGAAACUGAACUUAAAACAACACGACGUAGAAAGAAAAAGGAGAAAACACAAAUUAAACAAGUGUACAAAACUGCCACUGAAGAAACUUCUCAGUCUUCUGUUGAAAUAGUGGAUAAAGAGAAGCAAAAAAUUACAUGUUCUCAGUUAGACUUAUUCAAAGAUGUAGAAAUAUUUCAAUCAUAUAAGGAAUAUAAUUAUAUCCCAUCCUGCACCAUUAAUAAGAUAGAUGAGCUAGAUAAAUUGUUGGAAAAAUCCACAAAUAGAAAAGUUUUGCUAAAGUCAGAUCAAGCUGAAGUGCAAGAAACUAUCAGUCUAGAGUCUCAGCAGGCUGAUGUCCUAAAAAUCGAAUUAGAAGAUAAUGGCCGUAAAGAAGGACAUGCUUAUGCUGAUAGCAAAGAUGACACUAAAGAACAUGAGUAUGUAAAGUCUACAGAGAAAGAAACUAAUGCUUUGCAACAGGGUUGCAUAGAGUCGAAAGACAAAAACAUAGUGAUAAAACCAGUGUUAUCUUUAACUGAGAGUAAAAUUGCAUGUGAAAAUGAUUUAUUCUCUAGUUCAAAGGUUCCUGUGGAUACAGAUUUGGAGAUAAACUAUUUACAAUCCAGAGAUACUGAGCACAAGAGUCAAGGAGCUGAACAUCAGACAAACCACAUAUUAACUGAAAGACAAGAGAUUACAACUGAAGAAGAUGACAAUGAAAUUCAUCUUGAGGAAUGUCUGAGUAGUACAGUAGAUCCAAAGCACAAGAGACCAUUGGAAAGACCAAAAAGAGGUAGAAGGCUUAAGACAAGAAAAUAUUCAGAAUCUUCGUUAUUUUUACCAAAAUAUGAAACCGAAGAAACUGAGCAAGUGUCACCUGCUAUUACAACCAGAUCAGUGGGACGUCGUGAACAACUGUCAUCUGUUGAUAAGAAUAUAAGAACUAUAUGCUCAGACUCCAAAGAACCAUUGGUAUCUGUUAAUGAACCAGUUCAACCUUUAGCCAAUACUGAAGAUUCUAUAAAUGAUCCACAGUCUAAGUCAUCUCAUCAAGAUGUAAACAGAAUUUCAAUCAGUGAGAAUGAAGGUUUGGUGGUUAAUUCUGAAGUCAGUAACAAAAAUAUUCAGUGUACUACCAACCCAAAAACAAGCUACUUGGAAGGACACAGCUCUGAUUCUGCUACUCAAGAAAAGAGUCAUGAAAUCAUAAAAAGGCAACCAGAAAUUAUUCAUAUGGAAGCAUUGGGUGAAAUUGCUAAACAUGAUGAACCUAAGAAAAGAAAGGGACGAAAAAAAAAGGGUUCUACAGAUCAUCAACCUCCUCUGCUUGCCUCACCGCCUCAUAUUUCUUCCUUUAACUCAGAAAAACUUGAUACAAAAAAUGGGGAGUUAGAAAACAAAGAUAGUAAACCCAAAGAACCAAGACUCCUUUUGUCUCUUUCAACUUCAGAAAAACCAUCAGAUCAGAAGUCACAAAGGGCAGAUAGCAAUGCCUAUGACGUGUUUGAAUUCAGGGAUUCAGAAGAUGAAGAAAUAACAUUUGAAAAAGAUAUUCAGUGUAGUUUCAAAGAAAGGAUGCAAGAACACAAAUACCAUGAAAAUGAGAAAGAAAAGAAAUCUGAUGAUAUCAAACAAAAGGCAUCCGUUAUUGAAGAGAAAGAUAUGAGUGGUAAAGAGUAUGUAACUGAGCUUGCCCAACAUGGUAAAAUUGCCAUUACCAUUCGUUUGCAUCAAAAAGAAGGACACGAUGGAAGCUCUUCUGGUACUGCUGAGGUUGUCAAGACUUCUCAAACUGUAUGUGUUGAGGAAUCAAAGUCUCGUCCUAACUUUGGAAAACCCAAAGAUGAAGUGUUACCAUCACCAACUUUAGAUGCAUUUCUCACUGGUCCAUGUAAAUCCACCAGAAAAGCAAUUCAGCUUCAGUCACAAAGUUCCAAAACAUCUGUGGAUGAGGUAAUUGAGGAUGUGAUUAAAGGUCAUUUUGAAGGUGCAGAAUUAUUUGAAGAAACUACAGAAAUCACAGGUGUCAGUCAAAGAUUAACUCGUAGAACUCAUGGUUGUCAUCGUAGUGGGGAAGCUCUUCCAAGACAAGAAGAGACACAAGAGGAGUAUUCUACAGUUAAAUCUGAACCAGUGUUUAUCAUUUCUGAUAACUUUGUGAAAGACCAGCCAACAGAAUCACUAAAGACACCUGUUUCACAGAGUGUCGUCUCAAACCCGAUAGAUUUCUCAGGCAGUAGCUCUGAAUUUGAAACAUCCAAACCAGAAACCAGAAUGCUUCUCCGAUCCUAUCGCAUCACAAGGUCAGCAUCCAAGAUUGAGUCUAGUCAUGAAACAAGUGUGUCACCUCAAAGUUUAUCUGAAAAUUUAGUAGAACAAACUGUUAAUCAGUCAGAUAAUGAGGCAUUAUUUUCUUCAGAUGUUUCCUGUGAAAAUGAAAGUUCUUUAACUGCACUUCCUGUCUUAAAGGUUGAACUUCCUCAGGUUGUUACAUCUGUGAAACAUGGUAAAAUAUUAGAGAAAAAAAAAGAAAGCACUUCUUCACUUUCCGGAAAAGAAGAUGAGACUGAUUCUCGGUCAAGUCCAACAGUUCUCAUUGAUCCAGUCACUGGGUUUCUCACACCGGUCAACAAGAAAGGAGAGCCCACUGGUGUCAUUAGGGAGACUCCUGACAUGUACGAUAGAUCCAUAAGUAAACCUUUAGGUUUGAGUGUGACCAACAUUGAUUCACAUUUAACUACUAGUAGCACAACAGCACGAUUAGUCAGUUCUUUAGAACACACACACCUCAUCAAAUGUACACCUGGACAUACAAAGCCCCAUCCACCAGUUCCACUCUCUAGUGUGAUAGAACCAAAAUGCCUGAAGCCAGAAAAGUUUUUAUCUUCAACCCUAACACCAGUCAUUGUCCAGCAAACUCAAGAAGCAACUGCAAAAACUCCAGUGUCCACUACAGCAAGUAUACCACAGGCAUCAGAGUUUGCAUCGGGUGAAAGUAUGACUACAAAACAUACCACACUUGUUUCCUCAGCAGUGCUGGAAACCACACCUAUAUUGGUUCAGCCUCACAUUACAAUUACAGGUUCAGUUACUACUACAACAGUUGUGUCUUCUCAGCAUGGUGAUAUGCUCUCCCCUACAAUUUUGGCAGCAAAAGACCUCGCUAUGGGACAACCACUUGUUCAAAUAGCUCAGCCGAUGCCUGGUUUGCCAAACACUCUUUCUUCCUCAUAUACAUCUCCCAUACAUGUAGCCUCAUCUCAAAGUCAUAGAACAUCCAAGUCAUCAACAACAGCAACUGUGCACAGUUCUCAAGCAUCUCUAAUUAGCCAUCAAUCUGUAGUCAAAACUAAAGCAACAACAGGACAUCACCAUGGAGAUAACCCCAUCAGAGAUAGUCAUAACAACCACACUGUGCUAUCAUCCAAAGUUGAGGGAGGUGUAAAAAGUGAAGUUGUUGGAGAGAAGUCUGAUCCACUUGUGAGAAAUAAUACAUGCAUUACAACAACCAGCACUGCCCAUCUCCAACCUCUAGUAGGUGUAAAACAAGAGUCAACGUGUCAUGGAACUGUACCACCUAAGUUCAAUCAAACUACUUCUGUAGUAACAUCAAGGACUGUUCAGGAAACAACUUCAAACACCCCACUCCUACAGACUUCUGUUACAGAAGAAAUGAGCCAACUCCCCAUUUCAUCUCCAGGCAGCAGGGAGUUAUUUGUAACAACAAGUUCAGAAAAGAAUGAGCAUCCUUAUCCUCCCAAACACAAUCCCAAUUACUUCCACCAACCUGGCUUUCCAGUGGGUUAUGAAACAUCAGUGCAUCCCGGUACAGGAGUGAUGGUAUCCACUUCUAGUGGAGGAGUAAUUGCUGAACUUUUGCAGAACCCACAUCUUAUAAAGCAAAGGAAAGAGUACUUAGCAGCUCAGCAUUCUGUUAGUGCACCAGGUAGUAAGGUUUCAGAAAGGAUGAGCAGUCAAGUUGGACGCUCUCCUGGUCCUUGUGGUGGACCUUUGCAUGCAGAUAUUGCUGUACGUGUGGGUAAUCCAACCCCACCUCACACCCCAACUCCACCAGUAACAUCAUCACAUUCUUUGCAAACACAAGAACUCCAUUCAGCACAUGUACCACAAGGAUUCCAUCUUCGACACCCAAGCCAGUCUCCUUUAAUAAUGGCUCCCCCUCACCCCCAUAUGAAUAUACAUCCAUCUGAUCUUCCUGCCUACAUUCACAUGUAUGCUGCCUCCCAUCCUCAUUAUGUAGCUUUACUUCCAGAAUUACGAGCACAACAUGAGGCACAGGCUAGAGCUGCUGUUGCUAUGGGCAUGACACCACAGUUUGGUUUCUCUCCAAUUCCUGUUCCAGCUGGAUUUAGACAACCAGUAGAUCCUCUCAUGGUACAUGCUGUCAUGUCAGAAAGCAAGCCUGAAAGCAAGGCAAACCAGAGGAAAGAUGACAAGUUGCUCCCCUAUAAGACAGUUAAAUUGAAACAAGAUAUAACAGAACUAAAGGCUCACGAGAACCAGGAAAAACAUCGACCUCACAAUACAGUAGAGAUUACUAAACAGCACAUCAUUGCAUCAGCUAUUCCUGGACUUCAGCCAUCUGGGCACUAUGAACAAAUAGUCCAUCAGCUAAGUCCUCAUAUAUCAAUACAAAACCAUGAAAGAAACACAGAUUCUCCUGUAUCUGGUCAACUAAGGCAUCCACCAGCUCACCUGUCUGGAUGUAGAGUAGAAGAGCUCAUACCACCAGAAGUUCCUUCUAGAUUGAUACAGCCCCUCAAAUCUGAGGCAGAGAAAGAAAUUAAACCACCUGCUGCUCACCAGAACCCACCCUCCACAAUUCCUUACCAUACAUUGAAAAUCAGAGGUAUAUCUGGGCAGUCAGUCUCUGCCAUUGGAGCUCCUUCUUCUGGACAUCUUGAAGGUCGGCCAGUUCAUGACCGAGCAUACACUGCUGGUGCCCUAUCACUUACAAGAGAUGUAGUUUCUUACUCGCGAAAACAUCUGGUCUCUCACCCUAAUACUGACUCCCAAAAUAAGACUCCAGUCUCUCUAAGACAGUAUGCCCAACAAGGACCAUCUGUUUCCCCAAAAUCUCUCAGCCUUAGUACUACUCCAUCUACACUAUCAGUAACAAGUGGAAUCUCAGCUUUGAGCCCAAGAGGUACAGUUUUAUCUCCACGGCCUCCAUCAGUAUCUUCUGGUGGUGGAGAGAUUGUCAGUUCGAGACGGGCGAGUAUUCACCUGAUGCCACAGACAGGGUCAGAAGCUCCUGUUUCAGCACAUGCCAUGUCCCAUCCUACGGGGGUGCCUCGGAUACAGCCAGAAACACCACCUCAUGACAGUCAAGUGCCUCCACAGGGAGACUCCCUUCUUUUACAGAGGUAUCCAGUGAUGUGGCAAGGACUGCUGGCUUUAAAAAAUGAUCAAGCUGCUGUACAAAUGCACUUUGUCUCUGGAAACCCUCUCAUUGCACAAGCAUCUUUGCCUACUAUGACAGAAGGGGGUACUCCUCCAGUAAGAAUAGCCCAGAGGAUGAGAUUAGAACAGAACCAGUUGGAAGGAGUUGCUAGGAAGAUGCAAAUGUUAGAAGAACACUGCAUACUCUUGGCUUUACCGUGUGGCCGAGAUCACAUGGAUGUUCUCCAGCAGUCCAACAACCUUCGUAAUGGUUUCAUCAAUUAUCUCCAACUCAAACAGGCUGCUGGUAUUGUUAAUGCUGCAGCUCCAGGCUCCCAGCAGGCUGCCUAUGUUAUUCACAUCUUCCCAUCCUGUGAUUUCUCUAAUGAAAAUAUGGCACGCAUUGCUCCAGACUUGCUCCAUAGUGUGAGCGACAUUGCCCAUCUCUUGAUAAUCAUUGCUACUGUGUAACUGUGGACAAGAGAGGGGAUCAUCUGGUGGGUUUAUCAACUAGAAACCUAUAAUCCAAGUUUGACCACUACAUUCUCUAUAUAUUUGAUCCUGGUAGGAAUGCAGGCUUUAUGCCAUCCAGCCAAAUUAUUUGCUGAAUUGUUAUAGAAAUGUAAAAUUCCUCCACCAUUUGCACUUUUAAAGAAAAAAAAAUGUUUUUUGAAACUAAACGCCUGAUGGGUUCAAGGCAUUUAGUUUUAUUAAGGCAGUAUAAAUUUUAUCGUGAUUUAUACAGUGGUAAAUUUAAUCCUCUGUGUUGCUGAUGUUUACAGUACACUGUGAAACAUAUAGCACAACUGUGAUGAUUGAUGAGGUUCUUUGUGCAGGGUUAAAAAGAGUACAUACUUAAAACGACAAUGUCACCAAUGCUUACCUAUGGCUCAAAUGUUGUUACAGCUCACUGCCAAGAUGAGUAGAUUACAGUGAAGGAUUUUUAUCAGUGUCUCCACCCUUGAAGUUUUCUCUCCUCAUGAAAUGCAGUUGAAAUUCCAUCAAGUCUUGUUAAAUUGUAUUGCACAACUUUACCUAUUAUCUAUAUUUCUGCAUUUACUAGUGUUCGAUGACUAAUUUUCCAAGUGUCAACAGAAACCAUGAAAGAAAGACAUUAACGAGAGAGAGAGGAAGAAAUUGUCCAAGCAAAGAAUUUGUUUGCAAAAUUCAGAAUAUGAUUAUAUAGUGGGAUAAUGUACAGUGUAAAUAUUAUCAGAUUAAUGUAAAAAAAAUAUAUACACAUUUCAUUUGUGUAUGUAAGCUAAUUUCAGGGAAGUCUAAUAUAAGCACACAUCCUGCAUUUAAUUAGGACCAAGUGCAGAAAAAUAGACAAUACCAAGAUUGAAAAACCACCCCGGCAGAACUUGUUAAUGACUUUAGUGUAUACCUAGUGUACAUUAUUAAUGCCAUAUUCACUAGUAAGAAGAUUUUGGGAGAGCUUAACAUGAAGGCAUAGUACAGUUCAUGGCAGUAUAUAUAUAUAGUGAUCAUGUCACUAUUCCAGAUAUUUGUGGUAACUUUGUUAGGGUUUCAGUUCAGAUCCACUUGUUAUAAUGCUGUUGCUAUUGUUUUUGUACAGCCUUUAGAUUUCUUUUGUUUAAACUAUUUAUGUUAUCAUAGGAGAAAACAGUAUUUUUCCCCCUCAAGUACUAGUAGUUUUCAUUGCAACUUGUACAGGCAUUGUAGUAAUAUAAUUUGAUUUUUAAGUAGCAUGUGAAUACUGCAUAACAAUGGUUUCAUUACUUUAGUUGGACAAAUGGUCAAGUUAUCAGUGUUAAAGUGACAUCUGUAUAAUUUGUAUAUACAUGUAUUGUAUUUGUAUCUGUACAUUCAUUAUUCAUCUUCAGACACGUUGUCACUUAUUAUCACCAUUUCAUUUGCUUUCAAAGUAAGAAAAGCUUGUAAAGUUGUUGAAAAAAAUUGUCAGAUACUUUCA